AUGAGUCAGAACGCCGCGUCGUCCGCCAGUACUUCAGGCAACGGUAAGGGCAAGGCCCGUGCCGGCGCCGCCCUGGACGAGGAAGUAGACGAAAAAGUGCUACGGCGCCGGCUUCAAUACAAACUCCACCAACGCCGCCACCGCGCCAAGCAGAAGCAGAAGAUAACCACGCUCGAGCUUGAGGUGCAGAACCUGGCGGCAGAGGUUGAUACACUCAACCGUCAGCGUCACAAACUUCUAAUAGAUAACAAUUUUUUCGCGUCGCGCGGCACGACGGGCGGUGUGCCGGCUCGCGUGGCCAUGGAAUAUUUCCGGCUGUUCCAGUACAGCGUAUCUCCGAUGCAUAUCGACCAACAGGAGCAAUACCUGCGGGCCGUCAUGACAUCGGAGACCACCGGUCCGGACUACGUGGGCGUAGACACCGUGGUCACACAGUGGCGGCGAUUCUGCCAAUUCUUCGCGUACACGAGGUACGACCCGCUGUCCAUUAACGUCACAACUGUCGGCGACCUCACGGUCGUCGUGGUCGACUCCAUCUUCAGCAUCCGCGCACGGCGAGACGGCGUCGUCACGCUCUAUCCGUCGCUAAACGGCGACCUGGAGCUCACGCAGAAGCUGUCGGGCAGCAUCAUCAAUAUCCAGGGCAAGUACCGUUUCACGUUCGAUUCGAACGGGAUCGUCACGUGGUUCAGCGCGGAAUGGGACCUCGUCAACGCGCUACAACAAGCGCUGGGCGACCUGGCCGACGUCUCCGCAGUGCUUUCGGGUGCCAACAUUUCGUCGUCCACGGGUCAGAUCCAGGUCGACGAUGCACACGUACAGGAAACCAAGCCCCGAGUCGACCCUCGGCACAACGUAGAGUUCCUACUCUCAUAG